CGGUCCCGGGGAGCCGGCGGGGCCCGGGAUGGCGGCGGUGAGCGGGCCCUGUGCGCAGCGGCGGAGGCCUCCGGGCGCAGGAUGAAGGAAGCGGCGCAGAUGCAGGGCCGGGCCGGGGCCGCGGGGCCGGGGCCGGGGCCGGGGCCGGGGCCCUGGCGCUCAGUCGGCACCCAGACGGGCAGCCUCACCGGUCAAAUUCCAAGACUUUCUAAAGUCAACCUUUUCACUUUGCUCAGCCUCUGGAUGGAACUCUUUCCGACUCCUGGACCGAAUCAAGAGUCACAGAAAAAGGAAGCAGAAAGCUCUGGACACUCAGAAAAGAACGAAGACAAUGCAGAAACAUUGGCUGAUACAAAACAGGUGAAAAAAACUGGUCUUGUGGUGGUGAAAAACAUGAAAAUCGUUGGUCUACAUUGUUCUAGUGAAGAUUUACAUGCUGGCCAAAUUGCUGUUAUUAAACACGGAUCGAGGCUGAAAAAUUGUGAUCUUUAUUUUUCCAGAAAACCCUGUUCAGCAUGCUUGAAAAUGAUUGUAAACGCUGGAGUGAACAGAAUUUCUUACUGGCCCGCUGAUCCAGAAAUAAGCCUGCAUCCAGAGGUUUCAAAUCCUACCAGUACUGAAGAUGCAAAGCUAGAUGCCAAAGCUGUGGAAAGAUUGAAAUCAAACAGCCGGGCCCAUGUCUGUGUGUUACUUCAACCCCUGGUGUAUAAUAUGGUGUCUUUUGCAGAGGAAACGUCCUACAAGUGUGAUUUCGUUCAAAAAAUUGCAAAAGCACAGCCUGACUUGAAUAGUGACUUCUAUUCUGAAUGUAAACAAGAAAGAAUAAAGGAAUAUGAAAUAUUAUUUCUGAUUUCAAAUGAAGAGAUGCAUAAGCAAAUACUCAUGACUAUCGGCUUGGAGAACCUAUGCGAAAAUCCAUACUUUAGCAGCCUAAGACAAAAUAUGAAAGACUUCAUCCUUCUAUUGGCCACAGUGGCUUCCAGUGUGCCCAACUUUAAACACUUUGGAUUUUACUGUAGUGAUGCCCAACAGCUUCAAGCACUACACAAUGAAAGCUUGUCCCAAGAAAUUGCGAGGCACUGUAUGGUUCAGGCCAGGUUAUUGGCAUAUCGGACUGAGGAUCAUAAAACAGGAGUUGGAGCAGUGAUUUGGGCAGAAGGGAAAUCUAAAAAUUGUGAUGGAACAGGAGCUAUGUAUUUCAUAGGCUGUGGAUACAAUGCCUUUCCUGUUGGAUCUGAGUAUGCUGACUUCCCACAUAUGGAUGACAAACAGAAAGACCGCGAGAUAAGAAAAUUCAGAUACAUUAUUCAUGCUGAGCAGAAUGCCUUGACAUUUAGAUGCCAAGAAAUAAAACCAGAAGAGAGAAGCAUGAUUUUUGUAACUAAGUGCCCAUGUGAUGAGUGUGUACCUUUAAUUAAAGGAGCUGGCAUCAAGCAGAUCUAUGCAGGCGAUGUAGACAUUGGAAGAAAAAAGGCAGACAUCUCUUACAUGCGGUUUGGAGAACUUGAGGGUGUUAACAAAUUUACAUGGCAGUGGAAUCCUUCAGAAGCUCAUAUUCCUAAGCAAGCUGAUCCUGAAAGCAGAGAGAAUGGAAUAUUGAAAACCAAGUUACUGGAGGAAGACCACCACCAAAACAAGAAGUUAUGUCUUGGAGAUGGUUAAAAGCCGCCCUUCCUGAGUGAGAGUGAGACUGAAGGCAUUGAUUAUUUUGAUAGCACUUUUAUAUUCCAGCCAAUAAGGAUGGAUCUUAAUGAAUGACUGCAGUAUAUUUUAAAAUAUGCUAAUUUAUUCUUUGAAUGUGAAUAAUGUUCAGAAGAAUAUUUUUGUUUAUAUUUGGUGACUGUUUUAGAGACUUCAGUAGUGUGUAUUAUACUAAAUGGGAUGAUAAUGGUGAAUGCAGAAUGAUAUGUGGUUGCCUUUUGUUGUCCAAAUUUUUAAUUAGUCAAUUGGAAAUUUGUUCAUUACUACUAGAUGGGGUUCAUACUGGGCAAGAGUCCAUAAGUAAAUAAUCCUUACAAUAUAUUUGGUCUUUCAGGCUUCUAAGUUUCUGUUUAAUAGAGAUAAUUCUAAUGGCCUAAAGAGUUUAUAUAUUUCCAAAAGGGCCCAGUUGAUCACCUACCAGCAGGAUCUGGUGUAUUAGCAUUUUUAGUUCAUAGAAAAUUGUUGUUAAGGUGCCAUCUGAUAGACUAAUGGGCUGUAUCCCAGGAAUGCUAGAAUAUUUUUCAGAUGGUGUGGUAUCACUCUGCAGGGCUCCAAUUUAAAGAUUCAGCAGUGAUUGAGAUGCAGUGUCAUCACUGGAUGUGAGUGGUAUCAGGAGUUCAUUUUUUUUUAAAACUUCCUUGUCCAUUAGAAUGGCUUCUAAAACCAUACUGGAAUUUGGCCCUCAAAAUUGGAGGCAGUUAAUCUUUAUUAGAGUACAGAUUUCAUCUAGAAAAUUGAAACUAGCACAUUGAGGUUUCCUGGGAAAUCACUUGGCUUUGAAACUUAAAGAUGUAAACUUUUCUCUCACCCCCACAGCACAGUUGACAUAACAAAUAUUAAGAUGAGAUCAGUUCUAUCAUUGACUUCCCUUCCCUUUUGCAUUUUUAUAUCCGGAUAAUUUUCUUCAAAUUUCUUUUUGGGGUUUGAACUGUCUUCAUGUCCCAAAUAUAGUUUGUGUAUUUGGGGAGGAGAAUUUGAAUUCAUCUAAUCAAAUGGUAUAUAAAUGUAAGGAUUAGAAAUGUUUUACCUUUUGUAUCCUGUAGUCCUUCCCAGCAGUAUCUUUCGUGAACCUUUACUCCUUGGGCUUUUUUUCAUCCCCACUGGGUGCUUCCAAGAAAUGCUCUUAGCCUAUUUAAAUGUACUUGUAGUUCAUUUUCUCCAUUUCAGUAACUACCCUUUCUUUGUCUUAGGCUCUCAACUAGUCAACUGGUGAUCAUUCCUACCAAGAUACCUUUGCAUCUUUAGAACUUUGACUAAUUCUUUCCUCUUAAUAAGGAUCAAAUGAAGGAUAUCUGCCCUUUGUGCUAAACAUUCUUUCCGCAUUCAGAAUUGUUCUCCAGUCUAAAAACCUGUGUCAUCAUUUGAGGUGGUCUUAAUUGUUUCUUCAACAGAUUUGUAAGUAGAGAUUUUCAAUCAGUG